UAAAUUUUUUACAGCAUAUUUUUGUUUUUCGGAUCUUCUAAAUUACUUGAUAAUCUCCAAUUUGUAAAGUGAUAAUAAUUAUAAAAAUCAAGUAAACUAUUAAUUGAUUGUUUUUUGCAGUCUUGUCUCCAAUUUUCAAUUUGAAGUGGUCGUCGAAUGAAAUGAGUCAACACAACAUCUGUUAUGCUUAUGAAAUUUAGGGUAAAAACUAAGGUUAAAUUAUUUUAACUUGCGUUGGAUCGUGACAAGAAAAAAAUAUUCAAGUCCUGUUGGAUAAACACUUAAUUUAUAAUGGCAUCCAUGUGAAAUAUACUUCUGAUCCUCGUUCUACUUCUCCAGAAAUGUCUCCUAAUUUAUCCUGAUUUCUAGUAAAAGAUUAAUGAAUUCGAACAGAGCUAUGUCGUACAAGGGUGGUCAUCAUAGUUCGGGAGUAAUGAAGCCAAUUGAUUUGGACCAGAUAUGGGGCGACCUGAAAGAGGGCAUCGAGCAGAUCUACAUGCGAGAGAGCAUGCACAAGAGACGCUACAUCCAGCUCUACACACACGUCUACAACUACUGCACGAGUGUACACCAGCAGCAGCCGACCACCCCCGGGGGCAGUGGAGGCCGAGGGGGCGCUGGCAGUGGGGCGCAGAUUUUGCCGCCCCCGUCUCCGGGGGGGCUUUACAAGACGCCCAAACUGGGCCCCAAGAUCGGCUACACGACAGGCGGCGCGCAACUUGUGGGUCUCGAACUCUACAAGCGACUGCGCGAGUACCUCAGGUCCUACCUCGUCGUUCUACUCAAGGACUGUCUCGACCUCAUGGAUGAGGAUGUUCUCAAGUUCUACACCAAGCAGUGGGAGCAGUAUCAGUUCAGUUCGAAAGUUCUGAAUGGUGUGUGUGCGUAUCUGAACAGACACUGGGUUCGGCGUGAGUGUGAAGAAGGUCGUAAAGGGAUUUUGGAGAUCUAUCAGCUGGCACUCGCUAACUGGCGUGAUAACCUAUUUGUGAAACUUAACAAACAGGUGACUAAUGCAGUUCUCAAGCUGAUUGAACGUGAGCGCAACGGUGAAACUGUCAACACCCGCCUUAUCAGUGGUGUCAUCAACUGCUAUGUAGAACUAGGCACCGACGAAGAAGGCACCACCAGAAUCAGUCUAGCCGUCUACUCACACUCGUUCGAACGACUCUUCCUCGAGGACACUGAGCGCUUCUACACACACGAAAGCACUGAGUUCCUGCGUCACAACCCCGUCACAGAGUACAUGAAGAAGGUGGAGCAGCGACUGGCUGAAGAAACCCGUCGUGUUCAGGUGUACCUGCACAAGGAGACGGAGGCGCGAGUCGCCUACUGUUGCGAGCGUGUGCUCAUUCAGAAGCACAUGGAAAUGUUCCACACCGAAUUCCAGUACUUGUUGGAUGCCGAUAAGGAGGAGGAUCUUGGCCGCAUGUACAACCUUGUGGCUCGAAUCAACAACGGACUUUGUGAGCUUAGAAAUCUGUUGGAAGUGCAUAUAGCUCAGCAGGGUCACACAGCAAUAGACAAGUGUGGCGAGUCAGUCGCUGAUGACCCGAAAAUGUAUGUCAGCACUAUACUGCAAGUGCACAGGAAGUAUCACGCGCUGGUUUCGUCGGCCUUCAACAACGACAGUGGAUUUGUGGCUGCCCUCGACAAGGCUUGUGGCAAAUUCAUCAACAGCAAUACAGUCACUAAAAAUGCGGGGUCAAGUUCAAAGUCACCAGAGCUUCUAGCCAAGUUCUGUGACUUGUUGUUAAAGAAGUCUAGUAAGAACCCCGAGGAGGCAGAGCUUGAAGAGACACUGAAUCGUGUCAUGGUUGUUUUUAAAUACAUAGAAGAUAAGGAUGUGUUCCAGAAGUUCUAUUCGAAGAUGCUUGCCAAGCGACUGGUGCAACAUAUGUCAGCCAGUGACGAUGCUGAGGCUUCCAUGAUCUCCAAGCUAAAACAGGCGUGUGGUUUCGAGUACACAUCCAAACUGCAGCGCAUGUUCCAGGAUGUGGGCGUGUCCAAAGACCUGAACGAGCAGUUCAGAAAAAAAUUGUCGGAAUCGUCGGAGCCGACCGAUAUAGACUUCAGUAUCCAAGUGCUGUCAUCCGGCUCGUGGCCGUUCCAGCAGGCGUUCACCUUCUCGCUGCCCACCGAGCUGGAGCGUAGUGUGCACCGCUUCACAACGUUCUACAGCGCCCGACACUCGGGCCGCAAACUCAACUGGUUGUACAACAUGUCCAAGGGCGAACUGCUCACCAACUGCUUCCGUAACAGAUACACACUGCAGGCUAGCACCUACCAGAUGGCCGUUCUGCUGCAGUUCAACAUAUCGGACACGUGGAACCUGCAACAGCUGGGCGAGUCGACACAGAUCAAACAUGACUACUUGGCACAAGUUGUUCACGUUCUUCUCAAGGCUAAGCUGCUGUGUAGUUGUGCGACCUCGACCGCAGCCGCAGACGAUGACGACACAGCCUUAAACGACCUGCUACCCGCGUCGGUCGUCACGCUCUACACCGCCUACAAGAACAAGAAGCUGCGAGUCAACAUCAAUGUGCCGAUGAAGGCCGAAUUGAAGUUGGAACAGGAGACCACUCACAAGCACAUCGAGGAAGACCGAAAACUGCUAAUUCAAGCAGCUGUUGUGCGUAUCAUGAAGAUGCGCAAGGUGCUCAAACACCAACAACUGGUUGCUGAGGUGCUCAACCAGUUGUCGACGCGUUUCAAGCCGCGGGUGCACGUCAUCAAAAAGUGCAUCGACAUCCUCAUCGAGAAGGAGUAUCUAGAACGCACUGAGGGCGAGAAGGACGCCUACAGCUAUCUUGCCUGAUUGACUUCUCGACUCUAAGAAGCCCCUCACUCUUUCUCUUUCUCUAUAAUCUAUCAUCAUCAUCAUCAUCAUCAUCGGCCGACACCCACUACACACACUGUUGUUGGUUAGUUCGGCCCUCGACAUCCCCCGACUAAGGCAAACAUUGUAUUAUAACGAUAUUAGCUAAUUAAAUCGAAAUUUAAACAAACAUGUACAUACAUACAUAAGGAGCCUGUGUUCUACUACUAACUUUGAAUUUGUUGAAGAGUGAAUUAGAAGGCUGUCAGCUCCAGUCAUAUCACAUUGCUGUUGAAAUUGUAUACUCUCCCAUCUACAAAAAACUUUAUCUUCAUGUUGUGAUAUCUUUGGAAAAUGUAGUUCAAUCAACAAAUAACUAUAUAUUAAUGUUGUGAUAUCUUUGGGAAAUGUAGUUCAAUGUAUGCUACUUUGUUGAAACACAAUCAAGUGUCCUUUUAUUUCAUCACAACACAACUAGUUCCAAUUCUUCAAGAGCCAUUUUCAAGUGUAAAUAAACGACAUUUUAUUGACACUUAUAAAAGGUUUGAAACUAGUCGUGUUUGAUGAAAUAAAAGGGUACUUGAUAAUAUUCUAUUGUGUUUCAAUAUUUUCAGCAGACCUAAAAAUAAGAGUGAGUAUGCUACUCUACUUUAUCGAGAUAACUGUUCACUCCAGUCUCCUUCCCGUACAAUUUUAUGCACUCCCUUGCAACCAGUAAAGUAGUUCGCAAAGAUCUUGAGAUUUGUUUUUAUAGUUUAUGUGCAAUUCUAGUAGUAACUUUGGGUUCAAAUCUUAGGUUGUGUUAGUGUUCGCAAGUUUUGAUCAUCACUAACCCAAUCAUAAUCCAGCUUACUCGAUUUUUUAAUGAACCAUCUCACAACAUUGGUUCAUCGAGUGUGUUAUUAUUAUAAAAUUGUUCCUUAUAAGUGAUAUUUUCUUAAAUUUUAGAAACACUUAUGAAGUGAAAAUGCACUCACAGUACUAUUAGUAGUGACGAUCGUUUCGACCUUGUGUGGGUCAUCACCAGACUGUAGAAACUUAGUCUAAUUAGGUGGAAACAAUCGUCACUGCUAAUAAGUGCAUUUUCACUUCAUAAGUGUUUCUAAAAUUUAAGUUUUAUUUAACAGUGAAAAAGUAUGAAUAUGCAACAUAGUGAUCUUUUCUUUUGGUUUCCAAAUUUUACAUCGUUAUUGGGUUAGUAAUCGCGAUUUUGGGCAAAGCUCUACAAGUUGAAGCAACUUACAUUUAAACUAUUGAUUUGGAAGGGGUCACAUCAGAUGAAAAUAUAUUUUAGAAAAAGUUUUGUUCAAUAAUAUUACUUAUCAUCAACUAAUAAUAAUAAUAAUCUUUAUUUAGAUGAUUUUUUCCCUAAAAUAAGAGAAAUUCAAAUUAAUUUAUUUGCCAUAAAAUAAUACAGAUUGAUAAAAUAAAUAUUCCAACUUACAAAAUGGCACUACCGCUUAUGUGACCAAUAAUAAGACUGUUGCUUUUGAUGAAUCAGAUUCUUCUAACUAAAUUUUGUUGUAGUAAGUUGAAAGAUAAAUAUCUUCUUUUCUUUCAUCUAAAAGUUUAUGAAAGAUAAGUUUCUGAUUUAUUCUACGAAUCUAUUUCUUUAGCAUUCAAUUUGUUGACCGAAUAUUUAUAGUUCCUUUUGACUCUAUAUUUUGAAUAAAGAACAUUGGCUGAUUCUUGUAGAAAACUCACGAGCCAAUCAAAAUUUGUUUGGAUAAAAUCCGUCCAUAAUGAUUAGUUAUUUGUCCUUCUCAUUGACAUCUAUACUUGAUUGAUGUACUUAGUAUUUCUCAAGUAUAUGGAGAAAAUAUCCGACAUCACUCCGAUAUACACUAAAAUUAUAUCUAUUAUACGACUUUGAAAUGUUGGGAAAAUUGAAAACUCAUAAAUGUUUUUUUUCCACACUGAAAGCAUUUUAAAUGCUUGUGUAAUUCACCAGUAACUGUUAGCGCUACUACAAGUAAUAAGGUAUAUUUAACAGUACCAUGUUGCUGGUGAUCUAUAACACGAAAUUAUAAAUUACAUUGGUAAAAUAGAAUAAAUAGAAAUUGCUGGUAAUCCAGAAUAUUUAAAAUUUUAUAUUCGUAAUUCAAUGCUCCUCUCACAUAAUCAUAGUUGACAAUAAGAUUCAAAAUCAGCAUAAGUUCAGUUAUUUCCUCAACUAGUUAUGCAAUUUAUGUACUUGAUAACUGUUGAUCACUUCAAUUAUUUGUGGAUUUUUCAUUUCUAACUUUCUGAUCACGACGUUUGUGAAGGAAAAUUCCAAGUUCAUCAUUGUAAGUGUUGUGGCCGUAACAGUUGGAAAAGAGAAGGCAUUCUCAUUAGAUAUAGUUAUCUUCAAAGGUUGUUAACAUUAUUGUUUAUUUUUUUAUGUUUCAUAUUUUAAUUUAGAUCAUUAUUUAAUUUAUGUGAUUACCUCAAUAUCGAUAUUAUUUAAGUGAUUUACUAGGUCUAUCAAAUUGUAAAUUUUUGAUGAGAUUUCCCAGCAGUUGAUCUGAAAUCGAUUAGUUCAUCUGCACAUUAGAUUUUUUAAUGUGUUGAAAAAUAUAGUUUCUGGUUAGAGCUAGUUAAGACGACAAUAUAUAUUAUAGAGUCUCCGCCUUGAUUCACUCUUCAUCCUAGGUCUAUCAAAUUAUUAAUUUUAGUACCUUAUAGAGCCCUAUCACAAAAUUUUUAUAUAAAGUUGAUGAAAGGACAAAUAAAAAUUUAAAAUCGA